GAAAGUCACAUGGAGUUAUUUUUUUGAAAACAAAUUUGAUUUUUACUGUUGCCUUCAGGUUUGUUUGAUAAUUAAUCAAAUCCUUACGAAUUCAUCAAAUGGCUGAACAAUUGAACCAAUUUCAAAAAACAGAGCUUAUGGACAAGCUCAAGCAAGAAAUUGCCAUGGAAAAUUUCAAGGAAUUAAUAAGGCAAAUGUCCGAGAAAUGUUACAAAAAAUGUGUUAGUAAACCUGGCGCCAAGCUAGAUUCAAGUGAAACUAAAUGCUUGAAUUUUUGUGUGGAUAAUUAUAUGGAUGCAUGGACAAAAAUAUCUCGUGCAUAUGGUUCUCGUAUACAAAGGGACGCAUAAAUGAAGAUCAGUUAUGGAAAUGAGCGUUGAUCCUAUAGAGUUAAUUGAGAAACUUAAAAUAAUAAAAGUCUAUUUUAAAGCUUGAA